AAUUGAGGACGGUAAAGGGUGAGGGAGGUGCAUCUGGGAAGGUUUGGAAUACCGUGGACGUAAAUCCUGUAUGCAAGAUGGUCUGUCAGGAUGUCACCUGGAAGCAGGUUUUUAAAAGAGAUCGAAAACUAAAAUAUAUGGUUCUACUUGGUAUUGCCACCAUAGUGGUGUGCGGAUUCCACGUGUCAAGUCAUCUACCAACAGUCGUAGAACCUUCGAAGUCUGGCAUCAAAGAUGGCGGCGAGGAGAAUCAGCAGACAACUUUAGGAACGCCGAGCCAAAACCUGAAUAAAACCCCGUCUAACAGUAUAUCGGAAAACCGAAACAAACAUUUCAUUAUAUGUAUGGAAUCUGGUCGCCUUGGAAACUUGAUGUUUACUUAUGCAUCUAUUUAUGGUAUUGCGUCGAGAAAGAAUAUGAGUGUUGUCAUUGAUGAAAGCAACCCGCUGGUGAAACAUUUCAAAUUGGACGCGACAAGUAUGAAGAUUCAGUCACUAAGCGGUCAUUUGACAUUGGUCGAAAAACGUCCGUGUGACUUCGACCAAGCAUUGACCAAGUUCGACUCAAAUAGAAAUGUCAGGAUAGAACGUUAUUUGCAGUCAUGGCGAUACUUCCCUCACGUCGAGGACAAAAUCCGGAGUCAAUUUGUUUUCUCAGAUUCUACAAAAGCAUCGGCUGAUGGUAUUCUUAAUAAGAUUCGUGAGGAAAGGUCAUUGUCAGCCAACGCGAGUGCCACCUUAGUUGGCAUCCACUACAGAAGAGGGGACUUAGUCGCGAAAUAUUACCAAGAUUUUGGUUACAACAUUGCGCCAGUGGAAUACAUUCAACGUGCAAUGGAGUACUUCCGCUUGAGGUACAGUCACGUAACUUUCGUCCUUGCAACUGUUUCCGCUGACUUCUUAAAGGAUCUUCUGAAGGACGGUAGCGUCAUACAUGUGACUGGAGGUACAGCGAUAGCAGAUAUGGCCAUUUUGGCGAGAUGUGAUCAUUUGAUUCAAACUACCGGGACGUAUGGAUGGUGGUCAGGAUUUCUAAACAGUGGUACUGUUGUGUAUUAUAAAUACCCAGCAAGAGAAGGAUCUGUAUUACGAAAAUUGUUUAGUAGUGACUAUUCAAGUUUUUUUUACCCCAAAUGGAUUGGAUUGGAAUGAACGGGGAGCUAUUUUCAUCAGGUGUUUCAACUUGUGGGAUUCUGUGUGCUAUAGGUUUCCGGCAAUCUAUGUUCGUCUUUUGAUUGGAUUAAAUGGAUCUGGCGGUCAUAAUGUUUUGGAUAGGACCCCAGACUCGGUGACUUGGUUGAUUGUGUGGCAUACUAUCUUGACGGUGUGAGACGUUGCUCAUAGCACAAACCAUCGGAUGGGUGCGGCGUAAAACAAACAUGAGGCCUUUGCUGAGUAUUAAGAAGUUGAUGGUUCGUACAGGCAUCGAUACAUUGAGUCUGUAGAAAUAUCUUGAGUCUGUAACUAUCUCCAUCUCUACACGCAUUUGGGGCGGUCGAGUAUCCUAGUGGUUAAAGCGUUCGCACGACACGCCGAAGACCCGGGUUCGAUUCCCGACAUGGGUACAAUGUGUGAAGGCCAUUUCUGGUGUCCCCCGCCGUGAUAUUACUGGAAUAUUGCUAAAAGCGGAGUAAAACUAUACUCACUCACUCUACACGCAUUAGGAUGUGGAAGAUAAGCUCACACGCAUUUGUACUUAUCAACAUCUCUAAUCCCUCAUACGCAUCCAGAUUCCUCUCGCAACAUUUCUCCUGCCACCAUCCCACUGACGAUACAGGAUCAACGUAACAGGUUCUGUUCUUGCCGACAGAGACGAAUUGGGCAUCGCCUGUGUUUUCAGGCGUGUCGCAUUAGUGUUUGUAAUUUUAUACAUUAAAAUAUGGUUUAUUAA